AUGGAGCCGUCGGCCACAGCGUAUGCCUCUCUUCAGAGCUCUUUGCAUUCGGCACUCGAAUCGCUUCCUAUCGACAAAACGUCACUACUUCCCUAUGGCUUGUUGUUGUUGCCCGCGUUCGCCGUGCUCUACUCGGCUUCCAAGCCAGCGUCGAAAUUCCCCGAGGUCAACCCCAAGAAUGCUUUUGAGCUUACCGACGGACGACGAGUCAAAGAAUUCAUGGCCAAUAGCAUGGAGCUCCUGAAGACUUGGGAAAAGCGGGUUGGGGGCAGCCCCUAUAGACUGUUCUGCGAGAAUGGCUUAACGACUAUGCUGCCAUUUAACGAAGUCGAAAACAUGCGGAGUGAUAAGCGCUUCGACUUCAGCCAGGUCGCUUCUGACGACACUCAUGGCUACCUUCCUGGUUUUGAAGCGUUUGGGAAUGACCCAACCAUCAUUAAGGUGGUGAACAAGCAUCUGACUAAAGCUCUCACCAAGAUCACAGCCCCACUAUCCCACGAAGCCGAGCUCGUUAUCCAACAAACUUUGGGUGAUUCUACAGAAUGGGAACUCCACAAUGCUCCACUCGCUAUUAUGAAGAUUGUUUCGCGCAUGUCCGCCAGGGUGUUCAUGGGCGAGGAGCUCUGUAGGGACGACAAGUGGAAUGUUGCUGCUGCCGAUUACACUAGGAAGCUGUUCAGCAGCACCACCCUUCUCAGCGAGAAACCCCGUUGGAUGAGGCCAUGGAUUCACUGGUUCAUGCCCGAGAUCCAGGAGGUCCGGACAGCGCAGGCUGCAGCUAUCGAGGCAUUCCAGCCUCACCUUGAUCGUCGCGAGAAAGAGAAGGCUGCCGCGCUCGCGCGGGGGGAGGAUUACCGCGUCGACGAUUCUAUUGAAUGGUUCGCGAAAGAGGGCUCAACCCAUCCACCAGCCAUCGACCAGACCCGGCUUACUGUAGUCGCUAUUCACACUACCAGCGAUUUACUAACCGAGGCUAUGCUCAACAUCGCCAUGCACCCCGAGCUGUUCCAGCCCCUGCGAGAAGAGGUUGUUAGUGUGCUAUCGACUCAUGGCCUUAAAAAGACUGGGCUGUACGAGCUUCAACUUAUGGAUGCCGUUCUCAAGGAGUCUCAAAGACUUAAGCCGGUCCUGCUGAGCUGGAAGAGGAUACUUAUCGAGGAUGUCACGCUGCCUAGCGGCACAGCUCUCAAGAAGGGUGAGAAGGUAGCGGUCAGUCUUCUCCACAUGUGGGACGAUGAACAAUGGAAGGAUGCUGCUACCUUCGACCCUUACCGCUUUAUACGUAUGCGCGAAUCAUCGAACGAGGCGAACGCAUCUCAUCUAGUUAGUACCAGCCCGAGCCACAUGGGCUUCGGCCAUGGCGUGCACGCCUGUCCGGGGCGCUUCUUCGCCUCCAACGAGCUCAAGAUUGCGUUGUGCCAUCUUAUUCUCAAGUACGAUUGGAAGCUCCCCGGGGCUAAGCGCCCGGACCCUGUCGUGAUCGGCAUGCAAUACAUGGCCAACCCCGAGAGUAACCUACUGUUCCGCCGCCGCAAGGAGGAGUUGGAUUUCUCUGCCUUGGAGCGCUGA